ACGGGGGUACUGGGAGGAGGUAGAAAUUUGGUUAUUGGUGUGGCAGGGUCAUGAAAAAGCGGCGGCGGUGGGAGAGAGGAGGAAGAGGUGGUGGGGGUGUUAAACUGCGGUAGCUGCCUGCUGGGCUGGUGGUGUGGUUUGUGGGGAAGGCGCAGUUUUCAACCCUCUUUCUGGGCAGCAGCCGGGGCUCGGGGCUGAGAGCGGCGGUGGAGCCGCCUCCCCGGGCCCCCUGGCUCCGCCAUGUUCCGCAGGGCACGCCUUAGCGUGAAGCCGAAUGUCAGGCCUGGUAUAGGCGCCAGGGGCUCCACCGCCCCUAAUCCCCAGCGUGGACAGGAUUCUCCCAGGCCGCCGGAGCCUGCGGCUGACUCUGCUUUGAAGUCAAUAGAACCUACAGAUGUGCCCACGGUGGAUUUUGGGCGACCGGAGUCUAAAGAAAAGCCUUCUAGGAGCAGCGAUGAAAAGACUGGUGAUGGGAAAGAUGUUGAAGAAUCCAGUAAAUCUUCCUGUAUUGUUUCCCACAAAAGAAAGCGAAUGCCAAGUACUUCUAGUCUUGUUAAACCUAGUGUUAGUAUUCCUUCAGAAUCUCAUCCCUUAUCCACAGUUAACCAAGAAACUCCACAGCCAAACCCCAGUCCAACGAAGGAGAAACAGCCAUGCUCAGAUAGAUAUCGGAUAUAUAAAGCCCAGAAACUGAGGGAAAUGUUAAAAGAAGAAUUGAGGAAAGAGAAGAAGCAAUGGAAAAACAAAUGUGCUAUAAGUGAAAGUCAGAAGCCACGAGAUCGUUCAAAAAUGACUAUGAGAGACCUCAUUUAUUACCUGCCAGAUAACAAUCCAAUGACUUCUUCACUGGAACAAGAAAAGAAAGUGGAAAAGUCAUUGCCUGCAGUCCAGACAAGAGAGCUGUUUUCCAUUAAAACAGAUAUGUUUUUUUUAGCCAUCAGCAUGGUGGGAACGGACUUUUCCAUGAUUGGACAGCUUUUUCCUCACAGAGCAAGGAUAGAAAUUAAGAAUAAAUUUAAACGUGAGGAGAAAACAAAUGGAUGGAGAAUAGACAAAGCAUUCCAGGAAAAGCGUCCUUUUGACUUCGAUUUUUUUGCUCAUUUGCUUCAGAAAGUUCUUGCUGAAGAAGAGAAAAGAAAACAAAAGUCUACUAAACAUCACACUUUAAAGGAGAAGAAAUCCUCCAAACCACGGAAAAAUGUAAAAGUGAAAAAAGUUGCCUGUGAAGAAGUGAAUAAUGAUCCAGAUGAGUCUGUGAGUGCUAUAAUUUCAGACUCAGAAAGAUCGCCAAAGGAUACUCAGCCAGCUGAAGAAGAAGAAGAGCCUCUGACUUUAUCAGGGCAAGAUUCAGAACAGGUUGCAUUAAAUCAAAAGAAAAGGAGAAGUAAGAAUCAAGAAGAAGCUAAUGAACAGGAAAUAAACAGUGCUUCAGGAAAUGCCACUGUUCACUCAAACCCGUCUGAAGGAGAAGAGCUCCAGACUGAAUGUCAAUCUUUAAAGCCUGAGGUAAAUGAAGAUGAAUGCAAUAAGAAACAGAAGCUUUCCUGUGUACAAAACAUAGAUGACAAUGCAAGUUUAGCUUCCAGUGAAAAAGUUGAGAAAAUAACUGACCCCAUCCUUUCAUCAAGUAAUCAUCAAGGUGCUAUGUCAGUAGCAACUGAGUCUUCAGAACUAAGCACAUCAGAUUUGCCUUCAUUAGAACUUGGAAUUAGGGAAUUGUGUAAAGUGAAUAAUGCUGACAGUAGUUGUCCAGAAGAAAGAAAUAUUGACCUAAAGAAUACAUCACUGGAAACGGAUCAAACAGAAAAUGUUAAGCCAGUGUUAAGAGGUCGACUUCAGAGACCUAAACCAAAUUUAUCAAGGGCAAUUGUGAAGAAAUCGGUUCUUUCAAAAGGCAAAACAGAUUCAGAGAGCAAGAAUUCACAUCCUGAAGCUUCAGUUGAUAAGAAUCAAAUGGAAAAAGAUAAAAUGAAUUCAUCUGACAGUUCUGGAAUGGAGAAUACAGAAAGAGAGAAUCCAGAAGCUAAGACUCCAUCUAAUUUGAGUGAAAAAAAUUAUUUGCAGGAAGAUAAUCAACCGAAGGCUCUUAGAUCUGCAAGAGUAAUGAGGGGCCGAUUGCAAAGGCUAAAGCCAAAUGUAGGCAAAGCUGCUGAAAAAAAAGAAAUUUUUGCAUCACAAGAAAAAAUUGAGGCCAAUGUAGAUAAGAAUGAAAAUGAAUCCUGUACUAAUAGAGAUAUUUCCCAACAAAUGGAAGAUCAAUUGUGUAAAAAUAUUGAAUGUGAAGAUGUUACAUCACAGCCUGCAAAAAAAGAUUCUUCUCAAGGUGUGCAGCUAGAAGAGCCAAAGGUUCUUAAUGAAUGUAUAAACAUUCAAGAGGAUAAUAAAGCACCUCCACUCAAACAAGUCCCAAUUCAAAGGCCUCGAUUUCAGAAACCAAAGCCAAACAUAGGAAGAGAAAUUGGAAGAAGAAAAAUUUCCUCAAAGGAGGUGGUAUCAGAGGAGAUUCUUGUCUCUGGGGAAGGAACAGCAGCUUUGAGAGAAACUGUUAGAUUAGACACUUCACUAAGACAGAAAGUAUUAGUGGAGAUUAAUACUGCUAAGGAAAUGGAGUCUGAUUUAAAAGAAACUGAAAAAAGCGACAUUUCUCCUGGGGAGAAGAUACCAGAAGUAGUUGAUGUCAUCAUGGAAGUGGAGACAGGUUUAAAAGCAACUGAAAGAAAUAUAUCUCCAAGGAAGAAGACACCAAAGGUGAUUGAUGCCACUGAGGAAAUAGACACAGAUUUGGAAGAAAGAGGAAGAAGGAAAAUAUCCCCACAAGAAAAUGGGCCAGAAGAGGCUAAAAUUAUAUAUGAAAUGGAGACAGAUUUGAAAGAAACUGCAAGAGAAAUGCCCACAAGAGAGACAAUGCCAGAGCUGAUUGGUAUCACUGCAGAGAGACAGACAGAUUUGGAAGAAACUGAAAGAAGAGAAAUAACCACAUGGGUAAAGGCCCCAGAGGAGUUCAAAACUAUAGGUGAAAUGGAAGCAGAUUUUGCAGAAAUUCAGGGGAAAAUUUCCCAAAGGGAAAAGGCAAUAGUGGAGGUCAGUGCCAUAGAGGAAGGGGAAAUUGAUUUAAAGGAAACUGGAAAAAAAGAGAUUUCCUUGAUGGAGAAGCCAUCAGAAAGGAUGACUGUCAUUGAAGAAAUGGAGGCAGAUUUGGAAGAAACUAGAAGGGAAAUUUCUUCGAGGGAUAGAGGAUCUGAGGAGAUCUGUGUUACUAAGGAGAUGGUGGCCGAUUUGGAAAAAACGGGAAAAACAGACAUUUCUUCUCCAAGAGAAAAUGAACCAGAGGAAGCUGGUACCUCAAGACAAACUGAGCCAAAUUUAAUGCAGAACAACAGUGGGGACUGCAGUGCUACGCCUUCCCUAGAUAUAAAAAAUAUUAGCAGUGAAGUACUAUUGGUGAUGCAUACAUCUGUAGAAGAAAAAAGAAAUUCUGAAAAGGACUUACCAAGUCACUUCAAGAUUUCUUCACAGACUUCUGAAUUUGAUAAAACAGAAGACCUGGUGAUGCAACCUCCAGAUGUUCCAGAGCAGUUUUCAGAUGUUAAUUUAAGCAAAUCUCUUCCUCAAGAACAGAAGCCACUUGAAGUUAAGCCAGCACCUUUUGUGAGAAGUCGAUUCAAAAGACCAACACCAAACUUAGCAAGAGCAGCUUCAAAGAGAGAGACUGUAGAAGCAAAAAAAUAUGUAUGUGGGAAGAAAUCUGAAACUGAUAAAACGGAGACUAUUGUGAUACAGCAGAACAGUGAACCAACUAAUACUCUCCCUUCUCAACAUGAUGAUCCUUCCCUAAUGGCACCAAGAGAAGAUGACACAUCAGGUCAAAUGGAAGAGGAGACUGUGAUAUUACCAUGUACACAGACAGAAAAGGACCUUUCACCUUCAAAUGCUUGUGGACCUAAAGAGGAGUCUCUGUUAACACAAGCCAAGGAAGAUGAUUUAGUUGUUUCUAUAGGGAGUCAUAAUAUAAACACUUUCCAAGAAGAAGUCAAAGAAAGUGUUAUCCAAAGUCCUCACCCAAUAAGAGGUCGACUUCAGAGACCCAGACCAAAUGUAAGAAGGGCUGGACAGAGGCAAAUAGCAGGAAAAGGUGAAACCAAAGGCAUAAUUAAGGAAGAAAGAACAGUACUACAGAAAGAUGAAAUUAAUAAUAAAGAUCUUAUUGCGUCAGAUUCUCAAAUUGGAACUGAAGUUGAAGUUACCUCCUCUAAAGUUUCAGAAUGUGGAAUGCAUGAAAAUCAGAAUGACAUGGUUCUUGUAGAAAGCAUUCAUGUUAACAAAGUAAAUGUCCUAGAUGGAAAGACGAGACAUGGAAAUGAACCGUAUGUUUCUAGUCCCGCCCCAGUGAUACGAAGGAAAUUUCAAAAGGCUAAGCCAAAUCUGGGAAGAGCACACGGUAAGAAAGGGAAGCCAGAUACAGGAAAAGGCACAGCAGAUCAGAGUGAGGCAAGCAAGCCAGAAGAUAACUUACUUCAGCAAGGAGAUUCUGACACCCAGCUCCAUCUAAAAGAAAAGGUGGAGUUCUUGAGCUCUCUGGAGGUUUCAGCAAGAAAUGAUUGUAUAGGUUCCAACGAGUCAGAUUUGGCUCCCAAACAUGCUGAAUUAGAAGAAGUGGGACCAUUGGGAAGAGGUGGAGAGAAACCUGUAGGAGACAAUUGUGUGACUUCAGUCAUUGAAGAGCCGUAUCUCAAUAAACUAACAAGCCGUCCACAACCGUUGAAAGGAUCAAAUUCCUCUAAAAUUGCUUCUGAUCAAAGAACUAUUUCUAAUGCAACUGAAUGUGAGAUAGAUCAUGGUGAAAAGAGAAUGCAUAGAAAGACUAAACCAAAUGUCACCAGAGGGCGUGGAUCAAAACGAAUUCGGAGUAAGACCUCUAAGAAGGAACCUAGAGCUUCUAAGUCCACGCUGGUGACUCUUCGGGCUUCCCAGGAAGAAGAUGAAGAUGAUGCUGAAGAUUUUGAGUCUGACUAUGAAGAAGAAAGUUAUCAUCUUGCUCCAGAAGAAGUAAACAAAGCUCCAGUUUUUGUUCCUAUUGGUCUCAGAUCACCUGAACCUGUUCCUGCUCAGAUUGAGGAAACCAUGGAAGAGCUUGAAAUAACCGUGAAUGUCCCAGAUAUAGGAUGCAUGGCUGUUGUUGAGCAUCCGCUCUCAAACACAGAUGUGACUACUCAGGAAAUGAAACAGGAAGAAAAUCUGAACGUAUCAUCAUUUGAAAUGACCACAGGUGAAUAUACUCAAGAUGAACCAGGUGCCAAUGAUGGAAGCACUGAAGCUGCCAUAACUUUACUUACAAUGGGAGAUCUACUAUUGCAGUCAGAGAUCACUACUGUACAGGGUGAUGUAGGAGUAUGUGUACUUCCUCAUGUUCAUUCAGAGGAUAAAAGCCAUAUUCCUUUUAGUCCAGACAGUGUACAUCAUGAAAUUCUGCAAGAAUGUCAGGAGGUUUCUUUACCUGUCAUUAGUACGUUUCCUGCAUCCUUUGAAGAAAAUAAGAUUAUAUCGGAGGAGCAAAGUGCCAGAGAAGAAAGGGGUUUAAUGGAGAAAGUAAAGGAGAAUGCGACAGCAACCAGGAAUACAGCUUCUAAGAUAACCAACAAUUUGAGAAUGAGAAGUAGAUUUGCUAAACCUAAACUAAAUCUGGAGAAGAUUUUAGGGACCAACAGGCUUGAUGCUCAUGCGGAAGUUCCCAGUUUGUGUAUAACCAAAGGGGAAUUACCACAACCACAAAGAGAUACUGAGAAAAAUGCUUCUAAAACAACAGAAUUAGAAGAUAAAAGCCUCGGACCAGUUACAGUAGCAGAGAAUAAGGAACAGAGCAAAUUGGCAUGUGUACAUGAUAUCAAAGGGACCAGUAUUUCUCAAGAAGUAAACCUGACCGAAAGAAAUGAAGAUCAAGAAGUGGGAUCUCAAGAAGUUCAGAUAUUGUCAGUUGCUCCAGUUGUUUCUUCUGAGACAGCGCCCCACACACUUGCUUUGGGUAUGGUUCUUGCUGAGAGUUCUGUUGAAGAGCCUCUAAGAAAGGAUUCUGAAGGAGACAGUGUGCCAGAGUGUUCACCAACGAGUCUUCCAGAAGUCCAACAAGAGAAUAUAAUCAAUCCUCUAGACCUUACAGCGAAUCUAAUUCCUAAUGUACAUCAAGAUGGAGAAGAUGAACAAACAUUCAUUUUAACUCUGGUGGAAAUCCCAGCCAAUGCAGUUGAAGACUUUACAGAUACUGCUGCACAGUUAAUGCCAAACACUUUACUGCCAGCACCCAUUUUGGUCAAAUCAGUGAAUGCUGAACAAAAGGGAGACAUGAGUAUUUGCUUACCAACAACUUCAGUUGGUCAGGAUGCCAUGUGUUUAUUUGAUUCUGGAAAAGAUGGUUCUGAAAACCUUCCUGCUAAUUUGGACAUUACGUGCAGAAAGAGAUUUCACUGCAGGCUUGACAAAAGUGAUGUUCCUCCUGCCAAAAAAACUUCACCUAUUUCAAGAGAUGAUUGUCAAGAAUAUACCUCUGAGGUGUGUUCAAACGAAUUAAUAAAUAUUUUUGAGGAAAGAGGGGAGCCUUACAAGAGACAAAGUAUUUUUCCUACCUCAGGGAGCACACAUACAACUCCAGAACCUCAAAAUAAACAAGAUGAAUCAAGCUUUCAGAGUGUUGGGUCAAGAUCUCUUGAUAAAAUAAUAGAUACACAUACAGAAAAGAAUAUGCCUCACUUACCUCAGGAUGAGAUAAUUAUGUCUGAUAAGGAAGAAAGAACUGAUGCUGCUUCUAAGACUGAACAAAAGGAUAAUAGAAUACCAUCUUCCAAAGCUCCACUCUCCAGACCUGGCAGAAGACCCCUGGGAUUUUUGUCUUUAAUUUGUUCAAAGAGCAGUUUGGAAUCUGAUGAACCUACUCAGGUCCAUAGUAAGAAGCGCCUAAGACCUCUCAUACCCGUGUCAAGACAGAAGUUGAAAAGAUCCAAUCCAUUCAGCGAAAGCCAGAAAAAAAAUCAAGAGUCCUCUGAUCUGCUUCCAUCUCCAAGUGUUAUUAACAAUCAUUCUGAGAAUAUUGGCUGUUUGGCAACUCAGGUUUCUUCUGGUCAGCCUUCACUGAAGGAAGCAUGUAAAAGUGGCCAAAAGCGGAGACGUGAAGAGGAGCCAACCACAGUCUCUGAAUAUUUCUUCAGUGAUAUCUUCAUUGAAGUGGAUGAAAAAGAGUAAACAGUCUCUUGUUUGUUCUUUUGUUUUUUGUUUAAGCCUGGGAUUUCCCGGGUCAAUUACAUCAACAAAGCAGUAUUUAGAGAAAAGCAUCACUGUCUAAUUUACUUUUGAGGUUUGAUUUUGAGUAUAUAAUGAGCUUGGUUGGAAGCUUUUAUAAUCAGUGAGAAACAUUUCUGAGGUUCCUUUCAUUCUGAUGAUUCAGCAUUUUGGAAAUACCAAGCAAUUAAGACUGCUUUCUCACACAGAAAUAGCAACUCUUGUUUACAUUUUUGAUUCUUCCUGCGCUGACCACACAUGGACAUUUGAGAAUGUUGUGGAUAAAUUUCUCUGUAUCAAUCAUAGUGCUGAUGUAUUUGGAGGUCGUUUGUAUUGUAUGUAACCUUGAGAAACUUCCUUACUUUUUUUUUCCCCCAAAAAAAUAUUGUGGUUUUUUGGAUGUGGGAUGAUGAAGACCUUUUCAGUUGCCUCUGAGUACAGUUAUGUGCCACAUAACGUAACAAUGUUUUAGUCAACAACAGACUGCAUGUAUGAAGGUGGUCCCAUAAGAUUAUAAUGGAGCUGAAAAAGUCCUAUUGCCUGUUGAUGUUGAAGCCAUUGUAGUGCAACCCAUUGCCUUUUCUGUGUUUAGAUACAUAAAUACUUACCAUUGUGGUAUAAUUGCUUACAGAAUACAAUACAGUAACGUGUUGAACAGAUUUGUAGUUGAGGAGCAAUAGGCUGUACCAUAUAACCUGGGGGUGUAAUAGGCUGGGGGUGUAGUAAUCUGUGGUCCAGAUUUAUGUAAGUUCAAACAACAGGGAAAUGGCCUAACAACUCUGUUCAUGGAUUGUUAAACAACACAUGACUGUAUAUGAAAACAAAUUGUCAAACUCCACUUUAGUAUGGUAAAUGUUAAAAAACUUUUCUAUUAGCAGCUGUUUGGCUGAAUGAAAAAUAUGUAUUUUUCUAAUUUGUAGUAUUAUAACAUUAACUCUAAUUGAAGAACUAGCAUUUAAGCUUAUUAUUUAUAAAGA